CAACUUCACGCCUUGCACAGAGCCUAUAAUAUCCAUCCACAACAUUUUCUUGAACAUUUUCCAUUGAAGUAAUGUAAUUUCCACAUGCUUGGAUGCUUCUUUGUUGCGAUUGAAACAAAUACCAGCAACCUGUUCAACAUCCGCUAGUUCGUAUUCAGAGACUCUACGACUAGUGCCGGAACUCCAUCAGUCUUAUCAGCCGGAGACGGUGUAAAAAUUUCAACCGGUUGCUUCCAACAGCCAUAGUAGAGGACCUCGAGCAGACUGACAGAUUGCAAAGGAGGACGUGAAUCUUAGAGCAGUCUUGCCUCGACCUCUGCCGCGAAUCGUGAUGCCCUUGCCUCCGCGGAGGGACAUACCCUGUGCCAACAGCACACCUAAAUUUAACGCCUUGAUUGCUUUCAGUCCACACGGCUUAAUUUGACUCGCUACUUCGAGGAGCCCUUCGUCAAGGGCGUGCGGGUCUCGAUCGACAAACGUGCCGCUCUUUGACGCGGAAUGAGAGAGACUAGGAACUCUGCAACAAGUGGAGGAAAUUGGACUACUUGUCCGCAUUUGCCGUCUCAGGAAAAAGAAUGCACACAUGCCGAUGGCAAUGACCAGUCCACUGCAGACCUCACCGGUCCGCUUUGGUGGAGUCUACGACUGCGGAGUGGAAGACCGAGUUCUCGUUCAGCUGCGUAUUUGCAGUCCUUCGAAAAGGUUCAAAUGGAUUCGAUCGUGCGAGGAUUUGAUGCUGGUGUCGGCCGCGACGCGAGCUGCCGAACCAUCAGCGCAGACGGGCCUUGUCGAAACGAAGUAAUCUCCAGCGCGCGACUGCGGCUCAACCGGCCGUGACAUACGCAAUAUAGCCUCUGGUUCGACGGCCGGCCUCUUAACUUCAAAAAUCACAGACAUUAGUUCAUCUUUCUCAAGAAAAGUUGUUGCCUUUCGAUCACGCCUUAACUGUUCCCCUCUGAUUUUAACACCCACAAGGUUUCUUGGCGCGGUCACCUCUGACGUGUUGGUCGCCUACGUACUAUUAUCCACGAUGUCGGGAAGCUUGAGUAAGAAAUAAAGAGAUAAC